UGCCCACCUUCCACCUAGGGAGCCUGGUUCUUUGUCUGAUCUUAUUAUUUGGAGUGAUGUUCCUCCUUCAUUUAUUGUAAGUUUUUUAAUAAAAUAAAAAAGCCUCGACGCUCAUAAUCGCAAAUUUCCUGUGUCCUUUUCCCCUCAAAAUUCCCCACAAUCACUAAGUGUUAUCGCAACGAUGUCGUCGGAGAAGAAGGUGACGUUGAGAAGUUCCGAUGGAGAGGUGUUCGAGCUGUCCUUGACUGUGGCUCAGCAGUCGGAAACUUUAAAACGCAUGAUCGAAGACGAUUGCGCCAAUAAGGACUGCAUUCCGCUUCCGAAAAUUACCGGAAAGAUCCUCGCAAUGGUGGUUGAGUACUGUAAGAAGCACGCCUCGACUUCGCGUUUGAGGGAGCUCAAGGCCUUCGAUGACGAGUUUAUAAAUGUCGAUAUGGACACUCUGUGUCACCUCAUACUGGCUGCGGAGUACCUGCGUAUUAAUGGCCUUGUGGUUCUGACUUCCCUUUCCAUGUCGAGGUUGAUGAUAGGUAAAACUCUACCUGAGCUUUGCCAGACAUUUAACAUCGAUAACUUGACCCCCGAGGAGUUUGAGCAGAUCCGUCGGGAGAACCAUUGAGCUUUUGAGUGAUAUGCUAUAACUCUCUCCAUUUAUGACUGAUUCUUUGUGAUGCUGGAUACCUGGUUUUAAUCAUUUGUUUCAUUCACUGAAUGCUAUAUUUCAUGAUGUUACUGUGCUUA